AGCGAAUGAAUAGAGGAGAUUGGCGACUGAUUCUGUUGAACCUUUGAAGAAGUUGGACGUGUUCUAGACAGUGGCUCAGCUCCAGUUCCAAGAAGAAGACGCAACCGCCUUCACAAUAGCCUUGUAAGGGGGUACCAAAGAAACUUUUAGGUUCCUCUCAGACUGAUCAGUUAGCAAUGCAUGAAAUCCAACUCCUUGGCCUGCAGGCAACACUACGGUGUCUCUCACUGCAGAAAUUACUUUACGUUUCCUAGUGAACUUCAUCAUUGUUGCAGAUUGUAGCAAGCACGCAGGGAAAAGUGAAAUUCACCCGAUAAAAGGGGGACCCGCAAGUUACUUAAGCAUGAAACAAUCCAAUGAACACACAGAAUGCAAGUGUGUAGGAUCUGAUCUUUUCUUCAUUUUUCGAAAUCUCAAGUUGCCGAUCCAGAACUACUCUUACAAAAAGCAGUGUACUCGAUCGCUAGAAUAUUAGUUCCGCUUCUCGGAGUCAUACUCGAAUCCAUUAUUCGAUGGAGAAGUAGAGCGACAUGGGGGAGGCAGUAACUAUAGUAUUUACAGGACGAGGCGGCUAUGCUGUUGCCGGCAUUCUAACUAGGUUUUCGCGACCGAUGUAAAAACGGAUUGACUGGCCACGCCUCAUUCGUCAGCGACCGCACCUUGCACAUCGGCUUUUUCAAGUGGUGUUGUGAUGACUUAGCAGCCUUAUGUGCUUUUUACCCCUCUCUGAUUUUACCCCUGGUGGUGGAAUUGUUCAUUAAACCUAAACGUCAAACGAAUUAUAUUUUUGUUUUCUCUAUCGAACGCACAUAUUCUGAAAGCCGUAAAUUUUGGCCCGUCAUAGUGAGAGUCAUUUAUGGUAGGCAAGCCUCUGCCAAAUGAUUCCGCGUUCUUAUUCUGUCAUGAGUGUGUAUACGCAAAGACACGUGUCAGUGAAACUUGCCCAUUCCAGUUGCUGCGGUCACCCAGGCGUUCAGAUGGAAUUAGACCGGUUCAUACAGUGUGACGCAGUAAUUUAGAAGUAUUGCCGAAAAGAUGGCCACUUCUGGCUUAUCAGCUGUCACUAGCCCGUUCUGUCCCAAACUCUGCUGCCAGCGUGUGGCGGGCUAGUCAUCAUGAGCGGUCUGGCGUCAUUGUUCAAGACCUCGCUGCCUCAAGGUCAUUCGCCCCUUUGCAGUGAGCCGUUCCAGACGCACUGACCUGAAGUCACGCGACCGACAACUCGCGCAUACCUGCGUCCGCACAGCCUCAACUGCCCAUGGGGCCACUUGAACGCACCUCGCCCCUGCAACCGCAACCUAAACUACUGGAACACCACCCCUCAGCAAAUGCAACACACACCGAUUGGAGAAAACUCGAGCUUGGCCCACGAGCCUACAAAAGUGGCUGCCACCACCGUCCCAAGGACUCUCAGGGUUGACUGGACGCAGUCAACACCAGCCCUGGCUUCGCCAGUGGCUACUGCUGUCUGAGAGGACAACUCAGGGUUCUGUAUACAUUAAACCCCACAUUCUGGUUCCUUCCGUCUUCUCCUUACAACAUGGGCCGCUACAAGCGCACUCGGGGUCUGAGCCGGGCCCAGCGGGUCGCCAAACAUUCUUAUCACCUGAGCUACUGGCCUCAUGCUCCGUCGACUGCCACCAGAAUGCAUAAAGUCAAAUGACAGUGGCAUUUUCGGACUAUGGGGCGAUUGCCUUAUAUCCUGUAGCCCCGGUUUUAAAAUCCACAAGAGUAGCCACGCGGCAACGCGCAACCAACCGACCGGUAGCGUUACUGAAAAUGGUGAGGACGCCGGAAUGGCUAUUUCUGCCAUCAUCCAUUGGUAGCCCGACCUCAAGUGGUGGCACGUCUAAGGUUGGCUUCAGCGCUGCAAAGUUUCUCUCAGGCAGGGAAACUUGUGGCGCACUGGUGAUUGGCGCUAACGCGUAGGGGACUAAUUUCAAGUUCACUAGUUUCAUCGCGUCCCACUUUCAACAAAUUCAAAUGUAGACAAUCUGGUCACAUGUAUGACAGAAAUUGUAGACGGAACGCGAAGGCAACUGCCGGGGCGCCUUCGUCGAAAUAAUGACUGCAGUCGGUAGCCUGCUUAUUAAAGCAUUAAUCAUUUAGAUGCACAAGGAAUGAAGAGAAAUGUUCGGAGAGCAAAGCACAAAUGAAUGACCGGUCAAUGGACAGCGACCGCGCCUGUCUACACAAGGCAAGGUUUACCCAUGGGCACUUUCUGGAACACAGACGAACUAUGUUGAGGAGAUUUCAUCUGACAUCUGUUUCCUCACAGCAUGACACGUGGGCUAAACCUCGUGCAAUUCCAACCAGAACUCUUAAGAAUGCUUUCAACGAUCUAAAUUAUCAGAACUAAAGUAUGAUAAUGUAGGGUACGAGUUAUAACCUCGAGUCAAUUAAUACAUCGUACAUCCUAGUAUCUGCAGAUCUCUGGGGCCUGCUCGCAGUUUGCGUUGGUUCGAUGAAGUACAUUCCAAUUUGCUAUAUGUACUGAUGUUUACGAUGUUCCUGCAUAGUAAAGUAAGAAGGGGAUGAGGAUGCUCCCAGGGAGUGUGUACAGCCAGUUAAUCUAAAAUCAUCAACGUAUUUAAAAAACAGAGGGUUUCAAGGGUACAGUUGACUAUUACCAGAGGCAUCACUGAUUAAUUGGGUAAUCUACUGAUUUAGACACUUUUUAUUGAAUGGAAACAGAUCGUUCGUAUUGUCGCGAAUUUGCACAACUCACUAGGACCAUCAAGUUGCUCAAUUGGGCCGUGGGUGUCCUAAGCAAAACAUCAGGAAUACAAGGCAGAGAGGGUAACUUAUAUUUUGGGUAGGCAAAGAUAGAGAUGGCCGAUCGUAAAAAUGGCUGGCAUGGACCUGUAGGCAGCAUCUGAGACCAGACGAGUAUGCAAGUGAGAUAAUAGCGACGCGAACCAGCCUGAUGGCCAAUGGCAGCCAAAGCAGGAAUGAAUUCAAUGGCGACAGGAGCUGGAGGACAGGGGCAGCCAUAGCAGCAGCGUUGGGGCCUCUCAGUAAGUCGGUGUUCGCUGAUUGGCCUGAAUAAACGUCAGUCGGCCAGGUCGAAUACUCAUACCACUUGUAUGCAACGAAGAUACCAAGAAAAAACCUAACAUCAAAAAAUAAAAUUUUCCUGCCGGACCCAAUGAGAAAUAAACUUCUCAGUAUUAUUCCUCAUCGAAUUGCGGAGAAAAUCGACGUGACAGUUUGUACAACUACACUUGUGAUACGACGGCCAGGUAAACUGGUGUAAACGGUAAGCGUUAUAAGAAAGAUACAGAAUGUGCAAUCGACAACCCCCGAAAGGAAGAAUACAAGCAUUGAUUAAACCCCUACAUCGUGUUUCUCCAGUGUAAUUCUUGAUAAUUUGGCAGCCUCUUAAUCCGUCCAGGAUGUUUUGUUUCAAUGUGGAUCGAUUGCCUGAGUCUGCUGCAUAUGAAAUAUGAAAGUGCUCAAAGCUAAUGAGGACCUUGCUUUCAAACAUGACAUUUGCAAAUAAAGAUGCUUCUUGAAGCAUUGCGUAAAAACGAAUCAUUGGUGUGCAUUUUCUGGAAAAACUAAUUGCAAUACAAGACCUAACAUGGGAAAUGUGUCCAAAUUUACGAAACAUCACUGAACACUCACAAUUUGGCCCAAAUAUAUUGAAUUAGACUCCAAAUUAUCAAUGAACGGCUUUGAGUUAAGUGAGAACACAAAAGAAAUAUUAAAAAUGGCACCAUUUUGUCUAAAAGUAACAAUUUUUGCGUGGGAUUGCCAAAAUGUCAAAUCUGUGCUAAACGGGUAAACUUAAGGUUUAGAAGCACAGAAAGUCUGUCCAUGCAAAUAACAAAAUAGAAAAACAUGUGACACUUUCUGUAAGACCGCACCAUAUUGCUGUGUCUGGCAUGACACCAGAAAACUCGUCGGCAUCUUCUCUAAUAAAUAUUGUCUUCAGGAACUGCCCAAAACCGGGUGACAAUUGGGUAUGUGAUCCCACUGUGAAAAUGGGAAGCAAGUAAUUCUCUAAUAUGCGAAUGAUAGUAACAGGGGUUCUAUGGGUGGGAUAAACAAAACUGACCGAUAGCCAUUUUCGGAAACAAAAAGCUAAGACGAACAUUCAAGUCACUGUCUUGUUUAAAUACGCCAAUAAGGCGUAAAACACGAUCGAGAUUUGAAAUAUCGGAAACUAGGAGCUGUCAGCGGGCGAAAAGAAUGAAAACCGGGGCAUUGGUAAGAUAUUCUAGGCGAACUCAUCCCAGGCCGUGAUGACGAGUCACAUUGAAAGGGAUAGUGUGAAGAAUCUAUCGUUUGUUUGCAAUUUAACCCUAACUCCUUACCCUAGACCCAGCCCUGACUUUACCCUCUAAUCCUAGUCCUAGUUAUAGCCCUAGUUCUUUUUCCCCAUAUAUUUUAGGCGAUAAGACAUCUGAGAUAUUAACGCUGUAAAAUAUGGGCUAUCGAACUUCUUUGCAUCAGUGUCUGCUUUUUUAGGCAGGAGACUAAUUUAAAGAUGCAUAACCAUAAUUAUGGAAAUUCCAUUAGCGACUGAGCCAUCAAACGUUAUCUCCUUAAAAACACAUAAGAUUCAAUACCCCUUAUAUUAACAUCCAUAGAUGGAGUUGUGGAUGCGGUUAUCUACUGAGAUCACUGAGUCUCCACAAUCCACCGCUUUUUAAAUUCAACCUCGCUAUUGAGGGUUCGUAUCCAAGGUUGAAGAGAAGCCCCAUUAGAGCAGCUACAGAAGGGGGUCCUGCGAACAUUGACUAAAGUACUGACCGAGGACACGAUAUUAGCCCAGGGAAGACCGUGAACGGUAGAGUGGCAGGGCAAGUGGAGUGAACUUUCAGAGCAAGAAAGGGAUAACGACAAGACGAUACAAACGACUGCCUCCCCACUUGCCCGAGAGAUUCUGCUUAGCCUGCUCAGCCACUGAUACCUUCGUUUGCUCAGAUUAUGAGAAGGGAAACACAUGCACAUAUGUAGGCAUGCAACUUAUCAUAGUAAAAAUCAUCUUUGUUGUUGUUGACCUCUGUUGUUCUUGACUUUUUCGUUGCUGUACAGAAUCCCGGCCAGUGUACAUUAUGGACUAGGCGGUGUGAUAAUACGCCUAGGUGCGGCCUUACUCCGUGUCAACCACCUGCGCCCUCUCUCGCCUCCGAUCUUCGUCUUUGUCUUAAUUCCAGAUUUAGGUGGGGGAGGAGGAGGAGGAGGAGGAGGAGGAGGAGGAGGAGGAGAUAGUGCAGUAG